GUCCUCAGAUCGAUCUCUCCCCGUCUCUCAUUGAAGAUUGCCGUGAUCUCCAUGGAAGAAGCUUCCUUUUCAAUCAUGGUUUCCUUUCCUUACAAUCAUUCACCCGCUUGAUUCAUCUCCCUCUCCCUCCCUCCACCUCCCCUCCCUCUCUCUCUCUCUCUCACCCUGCCUCUGCGGAGUCUUAUAAGUGUCCGCGAGCUCUUGUCUGGGAGGAAAAAUGGCAGCGAAAAUGGGGUCGCUGCGGGAGAAGCUGCUGUCCAUGAGAGGCGCCUCGGAGCUGAAUUUGAGCGACAUCGAGUCCCGAGAGGAUCAGACCGCCUUCCGCUGUUCCUACCGCUGCUUCUGCGACGCGAUCGUGAGCUGGUGGCGGGAAUUGCAGGAUGUGGCCUCCAAGGCCGUGGAGAUGGGGAGGUCCGACCCGAGGAAGAUCGUCUUCUCCGUGAAGAUGGGGCUCGCAUUGAUGCUCAUCUCGCUGCUUAUCUACUUGAAGGAGCCGCUCCGGGGGCUAAGCCGGUACUCCGUCUGGGCCAUCCUCACUGUCGUCGUCGUGUUCGAAUUCAGUAUAGGUGCUACUCUGAGCAAGGGAUUCAACCGUGGGAUUGGGACAUUAUCGGCCGGUGGGCUCGGUCUGGGCAUGGCACAGUUGUCCCAGUUAGCUGGAUCGUGGGAAGAGACAUUUAUCAUCAUCAGUAUCUUCCUCACAGGGUCCUUAAUAACUUACAUGAAACUGUACCCUACGAUGAAGCCUUAUGAAUACGGGUUCCGGGUGUUCUUGCUGACGUAUGUUAUAGUAAUGGUGUCGGGGAAUCGGACUGGGGAAUUUAUUCAAACCGCAGUCACCCGCUUCCUGCUUAUCGCUCUGGGAGCUGGUGUCGGCUUCGGAAUCAAUCUAUUGAUUUAUCCCAUUUGGGCUGGUGAGGAUUUGCAUAACUUAGUUGUGAAGAAUUUCAUGGGAGUUGCAACUUCGCUUGAAGGUUGUGUCAAUGGGUACCUCAACUGCAUCGAAUAUGAUAGGGUCCCGUCAAAAAUCUUGACUUACCAGGCCUAUGAUGACCCCUUUUACAAUGGCUACCGAGCAGCUGUCGAGUCAACAAGCCAAGAGGAUACUCUGUUCGGAUUCGCUGUUUGGGAGCCACCACAUGGUCCAUACAGGGGAUUCAGGUAUCCAUGGAAGAACUACGUCAAAGUAAGCGGGGCUUUGCGGCAUUGUGCUUUCAUGGUCAUGGCAUUGCAUGGCUGUAUACUUUCAGAAAUACAGGCUCCUCCAGAGAAGAGAGAGAUCAUCUUCAAUGAGCUGCGUAGGGUAGGUGCUGAGGGAGCUAAAGUGCUGCGCGAACUUGGGAGUAAAGUGAAAAGAAUGGAGAAAUUAGGUCCAGUAGACAUACUAGAUGAAGUGCAUGAGGCUGCAGAAGAGUUGCAGAACAAAAUCGACCGUAAGUCCUACAUUCUGGUCAACUCGGAGAGCUGGGAAAUCGGGAACCGGCCAAAGGACCAGGAAGGACAGCACCAAGACUUAAUUAACUUUGAUGAUGACGAAAAGAGGGUUUUGGAGUACAAGUCCUGCAGCGAAGCGAUACUAGAUCUUCGAUUUAUUCCUCCUAACGGAAACUGGGAUUCUGCAAAACCAAGUCCUGUGGCCACCCCAUUGCCUCCUGAACUUUCCUCGGAUGGCUUCUUCAGGAAGCAGAUUUCUUGGCCUACCGGUGUCUCGUUUGUUGAUGGUAAUGUGGUGGAGUCGUCGAAAACUUACGAGAGUGCCAGCGCCUUGUCCUUGGCAACAUUUGCAUCUCUUCUCAUUGAGUUUGUCGCAAGACUUCAGAAUCUCGUGGAUGAGUUUGAGGAGUUGAGCUUGAAAGCAAAGUUUAAGGAACCAAACAAUGAGCAAACCGCAGAGCACAUCGGGAUCUUGAAUAGACUGCGUAAGAUCAUUAACUUCUGACAGUCGAGUCACGGCGAGCUAAUUGGAGUGCUUUUGUGGACCAUGAUUCAUAACAAGAGAUCUGAUAAGCCAGUUGUCGAUGUUCAGCAUUCUUAAUUCCGAUCACAAACUCGUGGUUCAGAUUUGUGAACGUUCAUCGGAACUGACUGAUGUGAUAUGGGGGGUGCCUGCUGGACUGCAACUGCAAGUCGGGCAUUGACCGGAUUGAUCAGAAACUUAUCAUCGAAUGGAGAUAGCAAGGAGGAAGAAUUGAAGGUUGUAAUUAUAAUGUUAUCUCUACCAAUCACAACGUCGAUAUAUCCUAGUCAUGGUAGAUUCUAGGGCCAAUAAAGGUUGGAAGAACACAAUGUUUUCCAUCCGAUCUGCGUGACAAACUCGACUCAAUUAGAAACAUUCUUUUGAUCCACGUAAUUCGGGAAUGACUCUUCGAGAGGCUCCUCCAUUUGACAAUGAAUGAUCAGUAACAUCUUUAUCUA